CGUUUCUUCGGCCUCACCGCUCCUUCCCUCCCUCCCUCCCUCUAGCCCCCAAUCUAAGAUAUUUCGCUUUCAUUUCCCUUCUCGAGGGGCUCCACGUCAGACUUCCGUGCGCCGGCGCAAUGGAUUCCAGUCCUCUGGCGGCUUCAGGCAUCGAUGAUUUUGUUCACGUGGAAGGAGGCGGAGCGCUGGCGGAUUCCAAUUUUCAGCCUCGAGGCUCGGAGGAGAGCGCCGCGGCGGAGACCUCCGACGCGAACGUGGAAGAUGAGUCCCGAGGCUAUGUGAGGAAGGUGCUGCCGGAGGAGCUGUCCAAGUGCGUGGUGAUGCUCAAUUGCGAGUCCUCGGCUGAGGGCGGCAAUUGCGAUGUGUUUCUGCUCGGCACUGCUCAUGUGUCUGCGGAAUCUUGCCGAGAAGUCCAAGAUGCAAUUAAUUUCUUAAAACCACAGGUUGUCUUUUUGGAGUUAUGUUCAAGUCGUGUUGCUAUACUUACCCCACGCGAUUUGAAGAUACCAACAAUGAGAGAAAUGGUAGACAUGUGGAAGAAACAACAUAACUUGUUUGCAAUUCUAUAUAGCUGGUUUCUUGCAAAGGUUGCUAGCAAGCUUGAUGUUUUACCUGGGGCUGAGUUCCGUGUUGCAUAUGAAGAAGCAAUGAAGUAUGGUGGCAAGGUGAUUCUUGGUGACCGUCCUAUCGAGGUGACAUUGCGAAGGACUUGGGCAAAAAUGCCACUAUGGCACAAGACAAAAUUAGUUUAUUCUUUGAUGUUUCAAGCAGUUUUCCUACCAAGCCCUGAGGACCUCAACAGAAUGUUGAAAGAAAUGGAUGAUGUUGAUAUGCUGACCCUUGUUAUUCAAGAAAUGAGCAAACAGUUCCCAACUCUAAUGGAGACUCUAGUGCAUGAGCGAGAUCAGUAUAUGUCAUCAAGGCUACAUGCGGUUGCCUGCAAACACAAUUCCGUCAUGGCUGUUGUUGGAAAAGGCCACCUAAUUGGAAUGCAGAAACACUGGCAGAAACCUGUCGAUCUGAUGGAACUGCUUAGAGAACCGUCUAAGAAACCCGGUGUGCCUGUCAAGAAAAUGUUGGCAGCACUCGGAGUUGCAGUCGCGGGGGCAGCCAUAGCAUCCCGAAUAUAUUUCUCAGCCAAGAAGUAAGCAACUUUCCCCCCCUAAUAUAAGCACAUUGACUAUAUAUAUGAACAGGAACUGCAUAUAUACAGAGAGAGGCUUUCCAAGUGUGGAAGAGCCCUAAACAAUUUUCUCGCGGUUACUUAUAGUCUGUUAGUUUUGCCCUCUUCUUCAAAAAUAGGUACAACAUCUCUUUGUCUUUUCCAUUCAAUGGCGACAAAUAAAUCUUCUUUACAAUA